AUGCUACCUCAUGUUCCAAUAAUUUUGCAUUAAAGUGCAAGAGAAAAACAAUCACAGCUAAAGAUGUUCUAGAUGCACUUGAAGACAUGGAGUUUGAUCAGUUUGUUGACCCACUGAAGGAGUGUCUUGAAGCUUUUAAGAAAAAUCAGCAAGGCAAAAAAGACCAGAAGAAAAAAGAGAAGGAAUCUGUGAAUGUGUCAGGCAGUGGUGAUGCUGAAGAUGAGGGUGUGGUUGUUUUAGAGGAGGAGUCAGGGGAAGAUAAUGGGGAGGAAGGUGGGCAGGAAGAAGGAGGAGCUAUAAACGGUGGGGAGGGAGAUGUUGUUGAGAUUUCAGAUACUAGUGAAGAUUAGUGAUGUUGUAAAUUGUAAAAAUAAUGAAACAAGUGUCCCUUGAUAUUAUAAAGUGCUGAAACAGUAACUUUAUAAUUGUGAAGAACUGAAAUAAUAAAUUUAUAUUGUGAAGAACUGAAACAAUAACUCCAUAUUGUGAAGAACUAAAACAAUAACAUAAUAUUGUGAAGAACUGACAAAAUAUAUUUAUAUUGUAAAUUACUGAAUUGAUAGCUCCAUAUCAUGAAGAACUGAAAUAAUAACUUUAUAUUGUGAAGAAUUGAAAUAAUAACUCCUAGCGUAGCAGGAAAAUUCAUUAGCAUUAAUACUGAAAAAAGAGACUUGACAUGUAAAAUGUUGACGGCCUCAUAUUUAUUGUAUUACUAGUGAUAUGCUAAAUUAUUGGGUGAUUAUUUGUGUUGUUCAUCAUUUUCAAAUUUUUUUUGGAAAAUUGUCAGCUCACCAUUAAUUUUGUUUAAUUUGUUUGAUUAUUUAAAUGCAUGUGCCUCAAGUUGAUUGUAUUAAACCUAUGAUAGCUUGAUAAUUUCAAUAUUUUAUUUAAAAA